CCUCCCCUUCUAUCUUGGUACUCCUUCACCUUUCUCUCUCCCCUUCGUCAAGAUCUCGCUCGGUUGACCCAAUGUCGUGUCGACCCCAUUAAUUCCUGGGUCUCUUCGUUUGUUCUUUUCUUUUUCUUGGCUGCGAUUCUGGCCAUCAUGUUACCAUACAUCAAUCUUCUCUUCGAAUACCCGGCAAAAGCUACAGGAGCUUCGAUCGAUGAGUUGAAGCUCAUUGCGUCAUUCCUCCUGUCGUAUCCUCUCGCCGGGCUGCUCAAGAGAAUCCCGGAUGCUCAACCCUGGAAGAAAAAUGCCUUCAUCAUCGCCGUCUCCUUGUUCUAUGUCGUUGGCGUCUUCGACCUGUGGGAUGGCCUCCGCACCCUGUUCUAUAGCGCCGCCGGUACUUAUCUGAUCGCCUACUACAUCGAUGGCUCCUUGAUGCCCUGGAUCGGCUUCAUCUUCUUGAUGGGGCACAUGUCCAUCAGUCACAUCUACCGCCAGAUUGUCAACGACCCUCAGACGAUAGACAUAACCGGUGCCCAAAUGGUGCUCGUCAUGAAACUCUCGUCAUUCUGUUGGAACGUCCAUGAUGGUCGGCUGCCUCAGGGACAGCUCUCAGACCCCCAGAAGUAUGCCGCGAUCACUCAGUUCCCAAGCAUCUUGGACUACACGGGCUACGUGCUAUUCUUCCCAGCGCUUUUCGGCGGACCGUCUUUCGAAUAUGUCGACUAUCGUCGCUGGCUCGAUACCACUCUCUUCGAAAUUCCCCCGGGAACUGACCCUUCGAAGGUGCCUCCGACCCGGAAGAAGCGCAAGAUUCCCCGGAGCGGAACUCCUGCCACCAAGAAAGCCCUCAUUGGCCUGGGCUGGAUCUUCGCAUUCCUGCAACUGGGAUCCUACUACAAUCAGGAGGCGAUCCUGAGUGGCAGAUACAUGGAAUACUCCUUCCCCCGACGGGUCUGGAUCAUGCACAUGGUCGGACUAACCGCACGGCUCAAGUACUACGGUGUGUGGUCUUUGACGGAAGGUGCCUGCAUCUUGUCCGGCAUGGGAUAUAACGGAUUUGACCCUAAGUCCGGCAAGGUCUUCUGGAACCGCUUGGAGAAUAUCGACCCAUGGAAGCUUGAGACCGCGCAAAACUCGCAUGGGUAUCUGGGCAGCUGGAACAAGAACACCAACCAUUGGCUGCGGAACUAUGUCUAUUUGCGUGUCACUCCCAGGGGAAAGAAGCCAGGCUUCCGUGCCAGCAUGGCCACGUUUGCGACCAGCGCUUUCUGGCAUGGUUUCUACCCAGGGUACUACCUAACCUUCAUUCUCGGAUCUUUCAUCCAGACGGGGGCCAAGAACUUCCGUCGGUAUGUGCGACCCUUCUUUCUCACUCCGGACGGUAGCAAGCCGACUCCCUACAAGCGUUAUUAUGACAUUAUGAGCUGGUUCACUACCCAGGUCACAAUGUCCUUCACCGUAAUGCCCUUCAUUUUUCUGUCGUUCAGUACCUCCAUUGGCGUCUGGCGGAGCGUCUACUUCUAUGGGAUUGUUGGCAACAUCCUCAGUCUUGCGUUCUUUGCUAGUCCCGCCAAGGGUAUCCUCAUCCAGAAACUCAAGUCGCGCAACCGACCCCACGUCACCCGCUCGACCAGCUCCGACGCCCUGCAGCAGCCGACCCUGGGUCUCCCGAGUGAUGCUGUACAAGCCUUCGAUGAGGCCGUGCAGGAGAUUCGGGGUGAGAUUGAAUCCAGGCGCAGACGUGGUAGUGCUGUGACCAUGCCCACAGGGGAGGAACUUAAGGCGGUCGUGGAAAACAAGAUCGGUCGCAAGCUCUCAUGAUCGUCUCGAUCGAGGGACUUAUCAGAUAACCCCUAUGGGGUCUCAGGACGUGUGCUGUUAGAGUUCAUUUUGCAAUUCAAGCCGAGCUUGGAGGCAAUGGACUUGAUGCUUAUGAAUGAGGAUGAUUGACGGGGUAGAUGAUAGAGUAUGUAUUUUAGACUUUGGUGCGUUGCCAAAAGCAGCUAGCUGCACGUUCCCGUUUGAGCAUGCAUUUUUGGGAAGCCUGUUUUGGGUAACACCCUUUCGGCUGUGGUUUUUUGUGUCCAGUCUUUGGCGCCUGUCCUUCCUUUAUUAUGAUUAGGUUCUUGGGUGUGGUGUCUAUAUUCUCAUUCGAUGCGUACCAUCGUAAUAGUGAACAUCAUAUCAAUAUCAAGAGCUGGUAUAGCAUACAUGCUCUUUCUAUUCUCGGC